AUGCGACUUCUCACACUCCUCGCUGCCCUCCAAUGGGCGCUCGUCGCCGUCGCCUACGACAAGUGGAACGUCUGGCUGGAUCACUCCGACGUGCUGGCAGAACAGUGGCUCCCCGACACGGAAAUCUCUCUCCUGAUGCUCAGGAUAGCCGAGCAGGACGGCCGCAAGCUCUGCAUCCUCAGGCCCAAGAGCAGGGGCCGCGAUAACGCACCCAUGAUCAUGAAGGCCCUCAACGACGACUGCCGCGAGCACAGCCUCGUCUACCUGCCCGGCGAGGUGUACAAUAUCAACUCGCCCAUGAUCACGACCAAUAUGCGCGACGUCAAGCUCGUCUUGGCGGGCCGCCUGCUCUGGAGCGGCGACGUCGACCACUGGCUCGACGUGUCCAUGCCCAUCGGCUUCCAGAACCAGAGCACCGCGUGGCACUUUGGCGGCGACAACGUCAUCUUUGACGGCUUUGGCGUCGGCACGCUCGACGGCAACGGCCAGAUAUGGUACAACUGGGCCGUGUCCGAGGGAAACCUGCCGCACCGGCCCAUCAACAUCAACUUCAAGAGGCUGAGCAACUCGGUCAUCCGGGGCCUGCGCUUCGUCCAGAGUCAGAUGUGGAGCAUGGCCAUCUCCCACUCGCGCAACGUCGAGCUGACCGACAUCUACGUCAACAGCACCUCCAACAGCCGCUGGAGCACCCUCAACACCGACGGCUGUGACACCAUCUCCUCGGACAACAUCACCUUUCGCCGCUGGUACGUCGCCAACGGAGACGACGGUAUCGCCCUCAAGGGCAACUCGAGCUUCAUCUACAUCUAUGACAGCGUGUUCUACAACGGCCAGGGCAUCGCCAUCGGCUCCAUGGGCCAGUUCGAAGGCAAGUACGAGUAUAUUAACAACCUUUACGCCCGGAACCUCACCUUUAUCAACACCGCCCACGUGUCGUACCUCAAGACCUGGGCCGGCGUGUCGAGGGGAUUCCCGCCCAACGGCGGCGGCGGCGGCAUCGGCCUUGCCACCAACAUCACCAUGGAGGACAUCAAGAUUCGCAAGCUGCGCCAGCAGCCCUUCUUUUCCUGGCAGUGCGAGAACUACUCGGGCUGGGCGGGUAGGGACUGCAACUCGUCCAAGUUCAAGAUGAGUCACGUCAAGUGGAGGAAUGUCACCGGCACCGUCAACAAGGACGUCAAGGACGUGGGGUCGUUCCAGUGCAGCUCUGCCGCCGGCGGCUGCGAUGACUUUGAGGUUGCGGAUAUUGACAUCUCAGUUGACGGCGGCGGCAAGCUGGACAAGUGGCACUGCGAGAAUGUCCACGGAAACAAGGGCUUCACUUGCAACGACCCCCCGCCCCAGAAAUCUGGAUGA